AUACCAGAAAAUCACACUCAAAAGACAAACACUGCUCAGUUCAGCCUGCCUUAGACACGAGGCUCAGAGCCCUUUCACACAAAUCUGCUGAAAACAGCGACAGAUAAAUAAAUACCAAAUUCAUUCAGGAUGGAUGCAGCAAAUGUGUGGAGCCCGGUGGAUGCAGUACGGUCGAUUAAUCUGCCAUGCUUGUUGCUCUCCAAGCUCCUGCUGGUGGCUAUACCUAUUGCUCAGAUUGCCAUAGGUGUGGUGUAUCUAAAAGACUGUCCUAAACAGAACUACAUUCCCCUGUAUCUGGUGGUGUGUGGAGUGUUCAGUAUUGUACUUGCCCUGCUCUCCUGUCUGCCCUGCAGUGCGAAACAAGAAGAUGGAAGCAACGGGGGAAUGAAUAUUCUCUGCUCUGUCUGGAACGGCCUGGUGUCUACCUUCAUGUUCUGCUGGUUCAUCUGUGGCAGUGUGUGGAUCUACUCCAUCUACCCUCCCAACUACAACUCCACUUUUAUUGCAGAGCCCUACUGCAAUAAGACCCUCUACCUGUUUGCCUUCUGGACCACCACAGUGACAUACAUUUUGUUAGGAUUACUGUUGGUGGCAGGGUGCUGUGGGCUCGUUUAUAUGUGUGUCUGUGGGAAAGGGAGGAGUUAACCAGGUCGGAUGUUUUGCAGACUAUCAUGAAUACACUCCCCCAUGUAUAAUCAUAAAGGUACAAUAAACAGUGAUAACCCAAUGUAAUAAAACUGAUAAAAAGCAGUAAGCAUGUUAAUGCAGUAAGUGUGAAAGAGUGAAAUGGCUGUCCUCAGAACUGCAGACCUCCCUGUUGUGCAUUGAGUCUUUUCAAGAUGGCUUUUCAUGUAACAUAAAUAUCAUUAACAUAUAUAACUUUCCUAUAGAUGGGUGUGGCUUAUAAAAAUGGAAAUAAACAGCAGGUAUUUAAUAACUGA